AAGCAAUAAAAAAAAAAGAUUGAAGUAAUCACGUCAUCCAAAUAUACAAUUGCGGCUUCUUCGAUUAUUUUUAUAUGUAAUCAGAUUUUGUUUUUUUUUUUUAUUUGGCUAGUCUUUUUAUAAAUUACUAAAAAGUAAAAUGGAAAAUGAUCCUAGAAGAAAAGGUCCCAGAAGUCCAAGUGUAGAGUCUGAAGAUUCUUCAAAUCGUCGUAGAUCACGUAAAUAUGAACGUGAUCGUUCACCAUCACCAAGAAGAUCAAGAUUUCGAAGAUCACGUUCAAGAGAAAGACGAUCUGGUUCAAGAGAACGUAGAAGAAAUAAGGAAAUGACACGUCCACAAGAUUGGAAUAAAUCAAUAACACAAAAUCCACCACCACCAAAUUCUUCUGGAGCUGGUAAUCCAGGAUAUGUUGCACCAGUACUAAAUCAAUAUCAGCAACCACCACCAUCUGCACCUAACACAAGUCAACCACCACCAACUAUAUUACCAAACUACAAUCAAGGAUACAACUACAACUAUAAUUAUAAUCAAGGCUAUGAUUAUUCUUAUCAACAACCUCCAGCUGGUUAUCGCAGUGAUUAUCCACAACAAAAUUGGUCUGGUAAUAAUCAAGUUGCUUACAAUAAUCAACAACCACCACCAGUUGUAUUACCAUCUCAAGAUGUGCCAUCAAGACCACCAGUUGUUGUUGAAACAACACCAACUAUUUUACCAGCACCAGUUUUAAGAUCUGAUGAUAGUAAAAAAGAAGCAAUUGCUGCUGAAGCAAAACAACAAAAAGCAACAUUAACAAAACAACGUGAUGAAUAUGUUAAAAAAUCAACGACAUUACAACGUGAAUUGGAAAUAUUACGUGAACAAUGUGAUGAAAUUGCUAAAGAAAGUGGUCGUGAAAAUACUCGUAUUGUUAAAGAAAAUCAAAAACUUCAGGUUGAAAUACAAAAUAAAAUGAAAUCAAUUCAUAAUGUAAUUGAUAUGCUUACUGGAAUAAUUGGUGAUAAAGUAACAGUUGAUGAUUUAAAAAUUAAAUUUAAAAAUGAUGUACCACAAAAACGUUCACGUAGUCCAAAAGAAGAUAUUAAAAAAUCACAAAUAAAUGUUAAAUCAUCAUCACAUGAUAAACAAUCAUCAAUAAAUAAUGAUAAAGAUAUUAAAAUUGAACGUGAAAGAAAAAUUCAAAAAUUAUCAGAAGAUGAUACAAAGCCAAUUUGUAAUUUUGUUCAUUAUGAUCCAGAAAUGCAUUGGUGUAAAGUAUGUAAUAUAUUUCCAAAAACAGCUAAAGAAUAUUUAAAUCAUUUACAUUCAAAUGAACACAAGGAAAAAUGUUUGGAAAAAAAAAUUGUCGAUAUGCCAUGGCAUCCGAGAAAUGGUGGUGGAACUGAAAAAGAAGUACCAUAUCAUCCUAGUCUACCAACCAAGAGGACACCAAUUAAAGGUUUACAAUUCUUCAGUGCUGCAACAGCAUGGUACUGCAAGCUCUGUGAUUCAUGGAUUGGUGAUCUUCAUUGUGCAAGUCUUCAUUUGAAAUCAAAACGACACUCGGAAAAUUUUUCACGAUUUGUUGAACAAAAUCCACACUGGGAAACAGACUGGAUGGGUGAUCGUGAAAAAGCAUUUUCUGAUGAACGUCAAAAUCAAAUGAAAUUGGAAUUAUUAAAAAAACAAAAAGAAGAAGAUAUACCAAGUCAACAACAGCAGCAGCAACAACAACAACAACCAUCAUUACCACCACCACCAACAUCAUCAUCGUCAUCAUCAAAGCCAAAAAAAUCAAAAAAGUCAAAAAAAAACAAAAAAAAAUCAAAAAAAAGAAAAAAUAAAAGUAGCAAUAGCGACAGUACAAGUGGAUCUGAAAAUACUGACAAUUCUGACUCUGACCAAGACAUGUCAAAAAGUAUACGUGUAUCAAUGAGAAAUAAAAUGAAAGCAUCAACACAAGCAAUAUUAAAUGAAGAAAUUGAUUAUCAUGGUAUUAAAAUGAAAGAUAAUAAUAAUUGGAAUAAAAAUAAAAAUACAAUUGAUACAUCAAAAGAUAAUGAUCGUCAUUUAUUAAAUUCAUUACGUGAUAAAGUUAAAACAAGACAAGAUAAUGAUAAUAAAAUAAAUGAUCGUCAAUUACAUAUGGCUACAACAAAUGAUGAUGAUAAUAAUGAUAAUGGUAAAAAUUAUAAUAAUAGCAUUGAACAAGGUAUUGAAGCAUGGGGUCCAAAAGAACCACCAAAAUCAUUUUGGAUUAAAAAAGAUGAUGAUAAAACACAAAUAAUAAAUAAAACAACAAGUGAUAUUCCAAAAUCUGAUGAUUUACCAAAACCACAUAUGGGAUUUUGGACAAAACAACAAGUUAAUAUGUCAGCAAAACCACAAGAAUUAAAUAAAGAUGAUGAACGUGAACGUUCACGUGAACAUUAUAAAGAUGAACGUAAUAAAUAUGACAGACGUGAUGAUAAAUAUCAUAAUAGAUAUGAUAAUUAUGAUAAUAGAAGACGUCGUGAUCGUGAACGUGAUUAUUAUGAUGACAGAAGAAAAGAUCGUAGAAAUGAUGAUUCACCACCAAGACGUGAUAGAAAUUAUCGUGAUACAUCACCAAAACGUGGUGGUUAUGAUAAAUAUAAUAAAGAUAAUAAUAAUAGACGUGAUGAUGAAUCAAAUGAUGAAUCAAAAUUUGAAAAAAAAACAAAUGAAUCAAUAUCAAAAUUUAAAAAAAAUUCAAUGCAAAUUAAUAAAAAAUCAACAACAUCAGCAACAUCAUCAACAACAACAACAACAGCAACACCAAGUAAAGGUGGUAAAUUACCAUUUAUUGGACGUUUGCCAUUAUUUAAAAAAAAAAAUGAUGAUGGUUUUAAACCAUCGGACAAGGAUAUAACACCAUUGCCAUAUGUGCAAAGUAAGUUUGAGGAUACACCAAAAGUACCAUGUGAUAUUAUAAAUCCACCUGGUAUUGUACACAUCACUAAAUUAGCAACUCCUGUUACUUUAAAUAACAGCAUAGGAAUGAAGCAAAAUCAACCAGCCAUGAAGAUACUUGUUGCACCACCACCACCAAUAUUAAAUUCACCAAAAUCAACAACAUCAGCAUCAUCAUCGCAACAACAAUCUCAGCAAAUACCACCUACAUCAACAGCAACAACAAAUUUACAACAAGUUGUAGAUAUGGAAAUUGAAAAUCAAUCAGAAGAUACUAUUAUUGAAGAAACAUUAGUUAAUGAUAAUAAUAUAACAACAUCUACAUCAGCAGUAACAACUCCUAUAUUUACAACAGAAUCCAAUAAUUCCUCAUCUGUUUAUACAGCAUCCAGACCAUCACCUUUUAUAACAUCAAAUACAUCACAAUUUGUACAAAAUACAGCAAUAUAUCCAGCUGGUAUACAAGCACAAACACCAUUCAUUCAUCCAUCUCCAAUUCAACAAACUCCAUAUCUAACAAAUCAUCCUAUUAUUCAACAAACUUCUGAUGAACAUAUACAUCAUGAAUCAACAGAAAUAACUAAAGAUCCUUCUCAACCAUUACCUGAAGAUUUACAAGAAGCACUUAAUAUUAUAUUUCCUUCAGAAGAUGAAGCUGCUGCAGCUGCAGCCGCUGCUGCUGGUGGUGUAAAUGAUGAAUUUGUUGAUAAAAAAAAUGAUAUAGAUAAUGAUGAUAUGUAUGCAUCAAUGUAUAGUGGUAUGCUGGGAUGUGUUGGUUAUGGACCAGAGUACAUGGAUCAACCACCACCAGAAAUAACACAAGCUGCCAAUGAAGACAAUGAUGAUGAUGGUCAACCAGAAUCUGAUGAUCUUAGGAUGCUUGGUAUUGAUGAAGGUGAUACAAUAUUGUAA